GUAAUCUUUUUGAAAGUAGGAAGUCAAUAUAUUAAACAUCUGGCAGGGAAUCUUCUUGUGGUCAUCUCCAAGUUUAUUGCUAAAGCUGGAAGCAAACGGGGUGGAUUUGCUUAUUUGUUAUGCAGUUGCUUAGAAGUCGUAAUCUCCAACAAUCUUUCAUCCUUAAUGGUGUCAUCAACCUCUAGGGCCACAGAUUCAGAGUGUAAUACAUCGAGUUUCAUUCUAAUUUUACGUUCAAGACUAGAAAAUGCGAAUUGGCAUACAGUAGCUGGUCUUUUAAGAGUUUUACGUAAUAUUAUGAAAUACUUGAAGCAAAGCAAUGAUGGUGAUCUUUUAGAAGUAUACAUGCAUUCUAUCUCAAAUGUGUGUUGGGAACUAUUGAGUGAGAUUCAUGUUGGUCAGACUAGUGAAGUGCAGAAAAGCUCUGCUGGAAUUGCUUUACCGCCCAGGAAUGUUUGUUCUCCGGAGUCCAGGUUUUUGUUUCUUGGAGGCCUACUUCAACUUUUCUGUUCUCUGGUUGAGCAAAAUGGUUUGGUGGAAGCCGAAGGUGUUCUUGAUAAGAUCUUUUGCCUUGUCCCUAGGCUCUUAAAUUGGUGUUUCUACAAGCAGGAGAUUUUUAACAACGCUCGCAUUUAUCAAUACAUGAGGCACAAGAUGUUGGUAUGCCUUUACUUUCUGUACUUUGUUUAUGGGCAUUCAAUUAGACAUAUUUAUGUUAUUUGA